UGACGCGGCGCUCGGGCCGCCAUGGAGCAGGACGGGGAGCCGCUGUCCGCGCGUCCGGCGCUGGAGUCCGAGGGGCUGCGCUUCCUCCACGUCACGGUGGGCUCCCUGCUGGCCACCUACGGCUGGUACAUCGUCCUGUGCGGCGCCCUCCUGUACGCGGUCUUCCAGAAGCUGUCCGCCCGCCUGCGGGCCUCGCGGCGGAGCCAGCUGGACGCCGCCGCCGCCGCCGCCGCGGAACCUGAUGCUGUUGUGAAACGACAAGAGGCUUUGGCAGCCGCUCGCUUGAAGAUGCAGGAGGAGUUAAAUGCACAAGUUGAAAGGCAUAAGGAGAAGCUCAGACAGCUUGAGGAAGAAAAGAGGAGAAUGAAGAUUGAGAUGUGGGACAGCAUGCAACAAGGGAAGAGCUACAGAGGAAACGCCAGGCGGCCCCAGGAGGAAGACAGCCCGGGCCCAUCGCCCUCAGUCCUCCCCAGGCAGAAAUCGGACAGGAAGCCCCUGCGAGGAGGUGGGUACAACCCUUUGUCUGGUGAAGGAGGAGGAGCCUGUUCCUGGAGACCUGGACGGAGAGGCCCGUCCGCUGGUGGAUGAGGCUAAGGAACCUUGCUGGAUGUCUCUGGACAUUAAGCAAGCUAAGCCCCUCCCCCCCCUCAAUUGCCUUACACACAACUUUUUCACAGUGACCAAGCCCGGGGGACAUCACGGGUGUUUAUAACUUCUGUUCUUACCCACACAUGCAGCGCCUGCAAGGGCUCGGGGUCAGCAGAGCACCUAGACAUUGCCACUCCUCCCGCAGUUAGGAGAGGUCCUUGCCGGUGGCACAGUCUCUGUGAUAGGUUGCGGUGAAUGACGUCUUCCUUGUAAAGGGUGCAGCCCACCAGCAAGGAUUACUGAGACUGACAGUUGAGGGGUUUGUCUGUGUCCGUGUACAGCACCUUCCAUAAAACACUGAACAUCUUAAAAAGAAGCUGCUUUUUUUGUUAACUCUUACCGGAGGAUCCUUUUCAGCAUCUGGAACCAAUUCAAGGAAAACAUCUGUAUAAACUUGAAUUUGUCGUAAGCAUUAAAAAUAGCCCUGUC